CAGAAACUGGUACAUACUACUGCCUUGCACUUUCUCAUCUCACUGCAUAGGAAAUAGCCAGGAUGAAAAUUCUCCUCAGCCUAAUCAUUUUGUGCACCCUAGUGGCACUGAGCUAUGGAGAGUGCUUCCUCAAGCAUCUCCAACCAGGAACUCAAGAUGGCUGCAUUGAUCCAUAUGACAAAAGCGAACAUCCCUUUGGAUCUAAAUGGAACACUGCUAAAUGCAUGGAAUGCAGCUGUAAUCCUGAUAUACUCCAAUGCUGUACCACAUACGGUGGUGUUGUAAGUGUCCCAGGAUGCGCAGCAGUUGUUGAUCCAAAAACAUGUAAAUACAAGUUUUAUAAGGCUGAUGAUCCUUCAAAGCCAUGUUUUAAGCUUUAAAAACCCAUCCACUUUAUGUUGGUGAACUUGAAUAAAUCAAUGACUCAUCUGUUCUACUUGCUGUGUGUCUCUUGCUCUUUUUCUUCCACGAAAAUUAAAAAAGAAGUUUUUGUUUUGAUUUCUCAAAUAGGGAGGAGCCUCUUCUGACUGAAA